CGCACGUCGCUCUCUCCACUACAUCGCACCACUGCGGUAGGAUCGGGAAGGCAUCAGCAGAGGAGUAGACGGCAGGUACAGUUCACUUGUUCCUGCACGACGAAAUCGAAAAGGCAACUGUGUCUGCCUCCCGACUUCAUCACUUAGGAGGUACUUUACCUGAGAGGACAUACAGCAGCAUCUCACAGGGCAAUCCUACAGCCUGGCGAGAGCGGAGGAAGGAGAACUUUUGUCCGUGUGAUUGUUUUUUCUAACCACAUUCUUGUAACCUUGGAAGUCACACCUGACUGUUGUUCGAGGAUGGGGCCGCUACUCUUCUUAAUCAUGGUGGGUUUGAGUGCCGCUGUCCCACAGCAUGUGAAAGCAGCAGAUGGUGAGGAACCAACUUCAGCAGGCCCUUGUCAUCCAAACCCUUGCCACAACAGAGGAUCAUGUGAGAUCAGUGAGACCUACAGGGGAGAUACCUUUAUUGGUUAUGUGUGCAAGUGUCCACAAGGUUUCAGCGGAGUUCACUGCCAACACAAUAUUAACGAAUGUGAAAGAGACCCAUGCAAGAACGGGGGCAUUUGCACUGACUUGGUUGCCAACUAUUCCUGUGAAUGCCCAGGGGAGUACAUGGGGAGGAACUGUCAAUACAGAUGCUCUGGCCCGCUGGGCAUGGAGGGCGGUAUAAUCUCCAACCAACAGAUAACAGCCUCUUCCACCCACCGCGCUCUCUUUGGCUUGCAGAAGUGGUACCCGUACUUUGCACGCCUCAACAAGAAGGGCCUGGUCAAUGCCUGGACUGCUGCCGAAAAUGACAGAUGGCCGUGGAUCCAGAUAAACCUCCAGAGGAGAAUGAGAGUCACAGGCCUAAUUACCCAGGGUGCAAAGCGUAUCGGCAGCCCAGAGUACGUCAAGUCUUACAAAGUAGCCUACAGUGAUGAUGGGAAGACCUGGAGAACAUACAAAGUCAAGGGCAAAGAUGAGGAUAUGAUUUUCAGAGGAAAUGUUGAUAACAAUGCUCCCUCAGCCAACUCUUUCACACCUCCCAUUGAAGCCCAGUAUGUGCGCAUUUACCCACAAGUCUGCAGGAGGCACUGUACCUUACGGAUGGAGCUGCUUGGAUGUGAGUUAACAGGCUGUUCUGAACCACUGGGGAUGAAAUCAGGCCAUGUCCAGGACUAUCAGGUCACUGCUUCCAGCAUCUUCAGAACACUCAACAUGGACAUGUUCACUUGGGAGCCUGGAAAGGCCCGUUUGGACAAACAAGGCAAGGUUAAUGCAUGGACAGCUGGACAUAGUGACCAAUCACAGUGGCUACAGGUGGACUUGCUUGUGCCAACCAAAGUUACAGGGAUCAUCACCCAGGGAGCUAAAGACUUUGGCCAUGUCCAGUUUGUCGGCUCAUACAAAGUUGCUUACAGUAAUAAUGGAGAGCGGUGGGAUGUAUAUCAAGAUGAGAAACAGGGGAAGGACAAGGUGUUCCAGGGGAACUUUGACAACGAGACGCACAGAAAGAAUGUGAUAGAUCCUCCUAUCUAUGCCCGUCUCAUUCGGAUCCUUCCCUGGUCGUGGUACGGCAGGAUCACUCUGCGUGUAGAAAUACUGGGAUGCACAGAGGAAGAGUAAUGCCCUUCCCUCCAUCCUUCUGGCCAUCAUCCCCUAUCCCUUGGCAUACUGGAGUAUAUGAUGCAGUACUUCAGAAAUAAACUGUUCAACCUGUAAAAAAAAAAAUAAAGAAAAAAGAAACAAGAAGAAAAAAAAAUAAAUUUCCAACGGAUUUUUCAAAAAUAUGUGUUAACUUUCGGUGGGUUAUUGUUUGUUCUUUUCUACAAUAGUUUAAAACCUGCCCCCGUUCCACUUCUUAGUUUCCUAUUUAAAGCGUGAUGUUUGUCUUUUUAUUCUCAAGAUUUGCCAUCCUGUUUGGAAUGAACUUCUAUAAUAUCUAUGGGUGGGGUGGAGUCAGUAAAGGGGUCUCACUGUGGUUUUAACUUGUUGCCAUGAAAAGUAUUGUACAGUGUCACUUUUUAACAAAGAUGUGAAAUCUGUCUGUCGUGCUUCAUUGGACAUAAUUAACCAAGUUCAUGUCAUAGCUAAACUGUCUAAGGUAUCAUGUAGAGAUGACAUUUUAUCACAUUAUGAAAUAUGUUUUUGAUUUCAUUACUACACCUCCUCAAGCGAUGCUUUUACCCUAUGGGACACUGACAUUGCUCCAUCAAUCAACACACUAUUAAUGCUCUUGUAUUAUAUGUAAAAGCCUAAGAAAUUGCAUGGUACAUGAAUAAUAAAUGUAUAUUAAGACAAAUCAUUUAAAAUUUCCAGCCCGGAAAGCAAAUGGCUUUGAUUUAGAGACCUAUUUUUAUGUGCAUUUUUAAGUACUUCUGAAACAUAACAACAUACUGCAAAAGCUUACAAUAGAUGCUGAUAUGUGAGACAACAAGCAAGGACUGCAGUUUAAACAGAAUUGUUUUAUUGCUCUAACAAGGAAUUUUCAUUUUUAUUUAGCAAAUAUUUGUUUAUAGCUGGACUUUUUUCUAAAAGAUGAUUGUGCAAGUUCAUUUUUAUAUCUGUUUAGAUUAUUUUCUUUUUCCUUGUCUCAGCUGUCACAUUCAUAGAAUUUGUGUUGAAUGUCCUUGUGUUGUCUUGAAGUUCCAAACUGAAUCAAUUAAAAAGCUCAGGAUAGAUGUCAUUCAUAUUAACCCACAAUGUAAAAUGUUUGGCCACGUGGUAUAUAAAAACGAUCAUUCACAGAAAACGUCAGAUGAGUGAGGCAAUUAUUCAAAUCAUUACUUCAAAUAUGACAAUUUGACAUGGUAAACAGUAACAUCUAAUUAUUUACUUUUUUUUAGAAAUAGAGCAAAUAUUUAAGAUAGCAAUAUAUGUGUGUAAUUAAUUCAAAUCCACAAUAAUUAUGAGCUAUGGCAACAACACAGAGCUCUAAAUUAGUUGCCAUUAUAGGGGCUUUCAGCCUUUGUUAACAUUCUGGAUUAAAAUUGUAAAGUAAUUAAAUGUUAAAGAGGUUGUGGGUAUUUUCACAUAGCAGCUUUAUGGAUGUGCAGGUAUACACCACAUAUUCUUACAGGAUACUAGAAUAUGUGGAAGUAAAAAAAGUUACAAAGGUUUUUGUUAUGCCAAUUACAUUAAAACAUGACACAUCAAAACAUGUAUCUGCAGACUGCUAUGAGUAAACAAUGAUGCUUUGUUGGAUGAAUAACUGGAAAUAAUCGAGUCCUGAGGUACUGUAAUUUAGUUAAACCAUACUGGUCAGUCUUCUAUGCUUAAAAUAAGGCUUUGAUGGCUGUAGUGGUUUUUGCUCUUGAAUAAGCUCUCAAGAUGCACAAACAGGCCUAAAAGUCAUCACAACCACUUUUCCUCUUCAUGUUUCAUUUAAAACUUGCCAGGUCUCGGCCUCUCGGCCAUUUCAAAUUUUUCUAAACACAUAUUUUCCGCUCUGAGAUUGCAGCCUGUGAGAAAAAAUGAGACAUUUACAGAUAAAAAAUAUAUAUUAUAACAAUUUAAAACUUCAUGUUUCUCCAACAGUUUUGAUUUCCUGACAAAACUGAAGAGUCACUACUGUUCACAUCACAUCACAUUUAAUGCUUACAAAAACAAAGUGACAUCAGACAUCAGACAUUGUGCUACUCAUCCCAAAAUGACGAGUAGCACAAUAAAAACAUAUUGCAUUGAACGUGACAUGGUGUUAUUGUGUCUUAGAGCAUUUUUUUUUUCCAAUUUCCAUAAGAACUCUAAAUACAAAACAAACAUUUUAAUCAGCUGGAGAGCUGGCAGUGGAUUUCUGGUUUUGGCUGUGUGAUACACAUAUAUAUAGUAUACUAGCAUAUAUAUAUAUAUGGUAUAUUAAUACUCUGUACUGACCUUAAAGACAGGAGUAUUUUAGGUAAUAUCUGUAAGUUCCACUGAAAGCCUUUGCUGUAGUUUACUAUUAUAAGACAAUUGUUCCUGGUGUGAAUCAAUGACUGUCACUCUGUAGGUUCAUGGGCACAGAAUAAGCAUAAAAAAACUUUGUCUCACUCAUGUUUUGUCUUUUUUAGAUUUUGAUUCUUUGAUGCUUUAUUGCCAGAUAGCUAUAUGUUAACCAGCAUCUGCUCUGAUUGAGCUUUGUAGUUGGCUUCCUGUGAGCAUGUAUCACAGAACAGGCCUGCUACAAAGCCCUGAGAAAGUUUGCAUGAUGGAUGAGUUUGAAUAAUGUAUCCUGUACAGUUUGUACGGUAUAACAAAGAUGUCCACGGGCACAUUACAGUCUUGCAUAUCAUGAAGAUCAAAUAACCCUUCCUUUGAAUUGACCAUUGCUUGUCACAUGUAUUAUAAAACUUAAUUUUAUUGGUCCAAAAGGGGAGCUAAGUGGGAAGCCAUGCUGUCUUUGUAUGUUUGUGUUGACUGGUCAGUUAUAAUUUCUUACCUCCUCCACCCAAGUAUCAACCGUCAUUUACAAAACACACAAUGUAAAACUGGUUAUGUUCAAGCCUGCAGAGGGGGUUGACUAACUGUACAGUCAAAAUGACUUUGCUUCAAAUAAAAACUCUUUCAGUUUGACUAAAUAAAAAUAUCUGUGAAAAUGG